AUGCGAAUUCGUAUAAAACAAGCCAGACCUGAUAAUCUGACGGAUGCGAUUCAUCUUGCAGUGGAGCUGGAAGCUUACAAGAAAGCAGAAAAACAUGGAAAUGAAGGUCGCUCAUAUCUCAGAACAGCAAGUACUGAGAGUACUGAAUCGACACAUUCAGCAAAAUCUGAGAAAUCUGCGAUGGAAUCUAUGUUGAGUAGUAUCCAGGAAAAGUUGGAGAAGAUGCAAACUGAUAUUAGUCAGCUCCAAGCUGUAAGGAAAAAGCAGAACCGACCUGCCCAGCAAGGACAGGAUGCAAAGAAUAGCACUGAUCGACGUUGUUACAAGUGUCAAGAAAUAGGACAUUUUCGCAGAGACUGCCCUCGGCUUAAGAAAGAGUCAAAGACAGCAUCAACAGGAGUAGCUAAUCCGGUAAGGACAAGGACGAGGAAGCGAAGUAGUAAACCAUCCGCUGGGAUUGGAGUUUCCUCGGCUGCUCAAGAGGCUGGACUAUACAUCAAUGCUGAGGUACAGCAUACCAAAGUGAAACUUUUGGUUGAUACUGGAGCCACAGUGACCAUUUUGUCACAGGAGUCAUAUGAGAAAAUUCCAGAGGAGAGAAGACCCAAAUUGAAAGAGGUUAAAAAGGAUAUCAUGGCUGCUAAUGGCAGUGAGUUGAAAGUCCUUGGUCAGGGAGGAUUUAUGAUCAAGCCAGAAGGUUGCCGGGACGUGUACUUUGAGGCUGUGGUAGCCAAAAUAAGCACAGAAGGAAUUCUUGGUCUUGACUUCUUGAAAUCAAGAAAUGGCUUGAUUGAUUUAAAGCGAGGAUCUUUAGUGUUGGACGACGUGCCAGUGGACACUAAGUACGAGGGUACACUUGGAUGCUUUCGAGUUGUUGCCUCCGAAAAGAUAACCAUUCCUGGUAAGAGUGAGAUGGUUAUUGCUGGGGAAUUACGUUCUCCAUCAGGUGAACAUAUGAAUAGCGAGUCACUUCUUAUUGAAGGAGCUGACUCCUUCCUGAAAAAUGACAAGGCUCUCGUUGCCCGAUCAUUGGUUUGUUAUGAGACUACAGUUCCUGUGAGACUCAUGAAUCUUCAGGAAGAUCCGCAAACGGUCUACCCAGGUACAAAUAUUGCUCGUGCUAGUCCUGUAACAAGUGUCAUUGAGACAACAUCCUCGUCUAGUUGUGCACCCUCUGGAGAGCUCAGAGAGGAUUUACACCAACUACUACAGAGGUCAAAAGAACACCUGACUCCGGAACAGAGCAAUAAAGUCAAAUCUUUGUUAUUGGCAUACAAGAAUCUGUUCGCAGCCACUGACAGUGAUCUUGGACGAACAACAGUGGUGAAACACAAAAUAGAAACUAGUGAUGCCCGACCCAUCAAACAACCACUAAGGAGAGUGCCAGCACAUUUGAGCCCUGAGGUGGAUAGACAAGUCAAUGAUAUGCUGGACCGUGGAGUAAUUCAGAAGUCUACCAGCCUCUGGUCAUCGGGUAUUGUUUUAGUACAAAAGAAAGACGGUAGUCUCUGA